AUGGCGUCCAAUUACCUCUUACAAGCGGUAGAGUGCCCCAUCCGACUGUUCGCUUUCGCUCUUCUCCUCUGUGUUGAGCCUUCGACCCCUACGCGGCUGCGCCGCACUGUGCCGCUGUGGCAGAGAUCGACUUCCUGCAUGCCUAAGGUAUCGAAUCAAGCAAAUUACGCCUUUUUCUACACCGCUCAGCCAAUUACGCCGCUCAGCCCUACUGAAGGACGGUUAUCGCCCCAGGGUCGUUCCGCAUCCCCAAGCGAUCAGCCUUCACUACAACGCCGAGUUCAGUUUGUACACCGAGUUCUGCCGCCGCUGACGCCUCGGAAGGAAGACUGGAUUGUCACACCCGUUCCCGCAAUCUUCACGGCUGCUAUGCUGCAUGGCUUUAGCCCCAGCUCUCCUCCAUGCCGCAAGCUCAUAUCCUCCAGAUGUGGUAAAUGCGACUUCAGUUCACCGCAUCCGUUAUCAUUGCGCUACGAUUGA